AUGGGGUUCUUCAAGGGUCUCACGCAAAAAAAGCCCAAGAGCGAGGCUGUCGUUCAGGCUCAGGAAGAGGCACCCGACUUUGAGAAGGUCAACUGGAUGAAAGACCCUGGUCUGCGCAAGCUGUACUUCUACGCCUUCGUGCUCUGCGUUGCCUCAGCCACCACCGGUUACGAUGGAAUGUUCUUCAACUCCGUCCAGAACUUUGACUCAUGGCAGGAGUUCUUUAGCCACCCCAAGGGUGGCGAGCUUGGUCUUCUUGCUGCUCUUUACCAAAUCGGCAGUUUGGCUUCCAUGCCCGCAGUCCCCAUUAUCGCAGACAGAUUCGGCCGCAAGAUCCCCAUUGUGAUUGGAUGCAUCAUCAUGGUCGCUGGAGCUGCUCUCCAGGGCGCUUGCCAGAACAUGGGCAUGUUCAUGGGUGGUCGUGCCCUCCUUGGUUUCGGUAACUCAUUCGCCCAGAUCGCGUCGCCCAUGUUGCUCGCCGAACUUUGCCAUCCUCAACAUCGCGCCAGACUCACGACUGUCUACAACUGUCUCUGGAACGUCGGAGCUCUGAUCGUCGCCUGGCUGUCUUUCGGUACCGAGUUUCUCGGCAAUGAAUGGUCAUGGCGCAUCCCGGCUCUUGGCCAGGCUGUUCCCUCCGUCGUCCAGCUCAUCUUCAUCCUCUGGGUUCCCGAGUCUCCCAGAUUCCUCAUUUCCAGGGACCGCCACGAUGAGGCCUUGCAGAUCCUCGGCAAGUACCACGCCAAUGGUAACACCGAGCACCCCACGGUCCAGUUCGAGUUCCGCGAGAUUCGCGACACCAUCAAGCGCGAAAUGGCCGCCAAGGAGAGCAGCAGCUACCUUGACUUCCUGCGCACCGCCGGUAAUAAGUACCGUCUCAUGGUCUUGAUCUCUCUCGGUCUGUUCUCGCAAUGGUCCGGCAAUGCCAUCAUUUCCAACUACACCUCUAUCCUCUACGGCAACGCUGGUAUCGAGAGCGCCACGGCUAAGCUCGGUCUCUCCGCUGGCCAGACCGGUCUCUCUCUGAUCGUCUCCAUCACCCUGGCCCUGCAGGUCGACAAGUUCGGUCGCCGUCCCAUCUUCCUCGCCUCGACCGGCGGUAUGUUCAUGACAUUCGUCUUCUGGACUCUCUGCUCCGGUCUGUACGAGGAGCACGGCUCCCCCGGUUCCAACUACGCCAUGAUCUUCUUCAUCUGGCUCUUCGGCUUCUUCUACGCCUUCGCCUGGUCCGGUCUCCUCAUCGGUUACUCCAUCGAGAUCCUGCCCUACAAGCUGCGUGCCAAGGGUCUCAUGCUCGUCAACCUCGUCGUCCAGGCUGCCCUCACCCUCAACAACUACGCCAACCCCGUUGCCUUUGACCACUUUGAAGGCCACACCUGGAAGCUGUACCUCAUCUACACUUGCUGGAUCUUCCUCGAGCUCACCUUCGUCUACCUCUUCUACGUCGAGACUAAGGGCCCCACCCUCGAGGAACUCGUCAAGGUCAUCGACGGCCCCGACGCCGAGGUCGCGGACCUCGACCUUGCCCAGGUCGAGCAGGAGGUCAAGAUCGGCCACGAGGCCGAGGAGUUUGAGCACAAGCGCGGUUAG